AUGGAAGUUUCUAAGGGCCGAGCUGUUGUGCUACAGAUCCCAUCUUGGGGUACUUGGAGGGCUGAAACUAAGCUGGUACCAAGUGGGAAGUCCCUUACCCUUCUCCCAGGUCAGGCCACACCAAACUACAUGGGGGUUCUUGGUGACAAGACAAUCUGCUGCUUUCUCCUAGGGACCCACACAACAGCAAACCUUGGAGCAGGAUGCCAUCAAGCUGACCCUCAGAGGAGCCUGAAAGGGACACAGCCUUCUAAGAAGAUGAAACUCGCCUUCUUUUUCCUACUCAUCCUCAUCACCCUUCUAGCACUGAUGUCCCCUGGCCAUGCUGACUGCUCUUUAAACUCCAUUGUGGAGAAGAAAGUAAAGGAAGCGCUUUCCAAAUUAGAGACUGGAUAUCAGAGAUCUCUCUCUUGUAUAAGUGUGAAAAGAAAUGGUAAACUGGCCGCUUGCCCUUCAGGGUUUAAAGUUACUGGCUGUGCCUGUGGCUAUGGCUGUGGUUCCUGGAAUGUUCAAGGGUACGAGACGUGUCAUUGUCAGUGCUCAGGCAUGGACUGGACCACUGCUCGAUGCUGCAAGAUUUCCUAA